GAUAGUGAGCAAUGUGGUCGCACGGUAUGUACGAAGUAGAAGUACUGAGCAGCGAAGCACGGAUAACAGUGAACGUGAAGGAACAUUCUUUUUGUCGCAACACGGACUAGUUUCAUUCUAUCACGGUCCAUUUUCGAAACCCAACACCUACCACGUUUCUGCGAAACGCCCUUGUAUCCUUCGUUGGCAAGACCAUGACGAAAAGGACGCCCGUCGUAACGAGGGACCCACGAUUCUUGGCCGGUAGGAAAUUGGUCGAACGGGGAUUGGCCGACGAGGCUAUUACAGUCUACGGCACUCUGCUGGAAGAAACUACGCAGCAAUAUGGAGAUGCAUCGGUCGAGACGGCGCCAGCAUAUUACGAAUAUGGGAACUCAUUGCUUAGGGCUGCUGUAAAGCAGCAGCAAGAACAGCAACAAGACGAGACAACAAGUAGGGAGGAACAACGUUCUGCCGCUGCUGCAGCAGCCGAGCAUCGGCAGCAAUCUUCUAGUAACGAAAACACUGGCAAAGGAGGCGAAGAAGCAGAAAAAAAACCAGCGGCUGUAGACAACAGCGACACAAACCAGUUCGAAAACGAUGGAUCAUCCGAACAAAACAACCAGGAGGACGAGGGAAUGAGUGACGGGGAAAACGACAACCUGGCCAGCGAAGACCUGAGCCUGGCUUUGGAAAUGAUGGAAAAUUCGUUUUCCAUUCUAGAGGAAUACAAAGAAAAGGCUGGGAAAGGUGCAGCCGGAGACAACGACCAAUACUCGAACUGGGUCUCGGAACAACUACCUCGCAUUUUGCUGGGACUCGGGGAUACCCUUUCGACUCUGAAUCGCCAUGCCGAUGCCGCAGAUGCCUAUUCUCGUGCCCUGGAGCUGCGCAAGGCAUGCCUGCAAGAAUUUGAGGACAGGAAGGCCCAUAGCGACCACAAGCAACAAUCGACCAUCGAACACCUGAAAGCACACCGCAUGGUUUGCGAAGCGAACAUUUUGAUUGCCGAAGCGCUUUUGUCGUGUCCACCAGAUAAAGACGUCGUCACCACGGAAACCCAGAGCUUGAUAGUCAAGGCGAACGAACGAGUCUCGUAUGCUCGGGGCUACUACGACCAGGCAAGAGAUGCACUGCAAGAGGCCGUGGUCUUCAUGGGGGAUUUGCCGCGACAGGUCGAUCUGGGCAGAGAGAAAGAAGAUGUUUGUUUCCUGGCAACACUGGUCAUGGGGGUCGGAGAAUCGCUGGCAACGAUUGACGAACAAGCAGACGAGGCAGCAGUAGUUUCAAGUACCGAGCCUGUGAAGAAAAAGGCCAAACGGGGAUUAUGAAUCGAUCACAAUUACAUUUCCAAAAGAUAUUGAUACAAUCUAGAGAGAUUCAUCACAAAAUCAUUUAAAAAUCACUAGGUUUAUGAUUCCUUGUUUUGAUAUUGCUGUUGCUCCAAUCUAGCAAGCGCCGCCUUUCGUGCUCUUUCUCUGCGAUCCGUAAGAUCGGGUUGCGCAACCCCGGAAGAUCCUCCACCCAAAGAGUGUCCCUUGCCCGCAAAAGCAUUCGUGCUUGCACCCCCUCCACCUCGAUUCAUGGUAGCACGGGUGGGAACAUGAAAUGAAGACCCCGACGACGACGGAUGGUUGUUCCCACUUCCCACAGGUGACUCACCCAAUAAUUCUUUUGGGAGGAGGCAGCUGCAGCAAUCACCGAGGUUCGCCAGGCGAUUGAUGUAGGCGGGAAUGGGUUUUCGCAACAGCUGAUACACGAGCGCGUUGCAAAAGUGGUUGCAGUUUUUCCGAAUCAGGUUGUACCCACCGCUGCCAAACCCACCAUUGUGUCUCAGCUCGUCCAGAGCCCUGUUCAAUUCUUGUGUUCCACCGUCAAAAGUCCCUAGAUUCAACUGACACCGGAAUCGCGCUCCUGGUGCCUGUCUCGGCGGGCCAUCGUAAAUG